GCUUAUGCUUGCAUGUGUCUUUCCUUCCUCUGCCGAUGACCUUGUCAUGUCAUUUGCUGUGAGGCGAAAGGAAUUUUGUGCUUACGACGACACUGAUUCUCUCUGGAUGAGCACCAUGAGACGCACGGCCAGUCAAGACAUACAGUUGAACUAUGGUGUACCUCUGCAAACUGUGGGGGAAGAACCCUUGUCUUUGCUGAACCUGGGGCCUGAGACAUUUGGGAAUGAUGAGAAGGCCAAGAAGGGAAGAGAAUGGCCCGGGGACCAGUCUGUGCACUUUCCAGUCAAUGAAAGCUCAGUGUCUCCGCAGUUUGAUGAGCAUGCAGAGCAACGGAAUUACUCCUCUGCGAACUCUCCGGGUCGCAUGCGUAAUAGCGAGAAAGCACUUGUUCCAUUUACCUAUGAGGAAUACGUUGAUAAACAGAAAAGAGGACAAAAUCAUGAUGUCAGGACUGGGGUUCAUCAUGGAGGAGUGCCAGCCGGCCAGUGCCAGCACUCAGAGGGACAUUGUGGCAAUGGAUCAUCUUCAUCCAAAGGCACAAUUUUGGAGGCGGGCAAGCUUGCUCGGCGCGGGAUGCAUAGGCCAUUGGAACCGAGGAUCACAGAGGCCGCCAAGUGGCAAAGUUCAGCUCCAUUGCAAUUAGCAACGCAUAACCGAAUCGGAAAGCCUCCGUUGAGGAAGGAGCCGGAAAGUGCUCUUUCGGUGAUCGCAUUGCAACAAAAGCACCAAUCUGGAAAACUCUCGCAAAGUUCUCCACAGCAUGCAGCUGGACAGGAAAAUAAGAAAGGUUUUGCAUCCAGGGCAGUUUCAUUCCAGAAGGUCGAGGAACAGGUUGUUCCUUUACCGAAAACAAAGGGUUAUGCGUAUUUUGCUAGUCCAUGGGAGGAAUGCAAUCAAACAUGUGGUGGUGGGAUCCGGAAGAGGUAAACAAUUGCCAUUUCUUCUUUUACCUAGCCUAUGCUCAGAGUAACAAACCAACCUUGUCACAGCCCCCUGAUAAAUUGGCUGAAGUAUG